AUGCCCAGAACUGACACUGUCACAGGGUCUGAUAAUCACCUGGGACAUUAUCCAUUCGAGUGGCUUGGUCCGCAUGCGCAAAACAAGUAUGCGGCUACUACCGAAGCAAUUAAUUCGGUGCCGUCUACUCACACAGCUUUGGAGGGUCCUCGAGUACAAUACGAGGACGUGAUGUCCGACGAUAAGUCACUCGGUAACUGGCUGAACCUCAUUUGGACCCAUGGAUUUUGUUUCGUGGACGGUGUCCCUGUCAACCCACAGGCAACCCAGCUUCUCAUUGAGCGCAUCGCAUUCAUCAGACACACUCACUAUGGUGGAUUUUGGGACUUCACAGCCGAUUUGACCUUCAAAGACACUGCAUACACCAAUGAAUUCCUGGGAGCACAUACAGACAAUACUUAUUUCACAGAUCCCGCGAGACUGCAAUUAUUCCAUCUGCUAUCCCAUACCGAAGGGACUGGGGGUGAUAACCUCAUGGUCGAUGGGUUUGCAGCAGCAACUCAACUCCGUCACGAAAACCCGCAGCAUUAUGCUGAGCUGGUGAAGCAUAGGCACCCGUGGCACGCAAGUGGGAAUGAUGACACCUGCAUACAGCCGUCAGCCAUGGCACCAGUCUUUUCUAUGCAUCCAGACAUGAACUCGAUGUACCAAAUCCGCUGGAAUAACUAUGACCGCGCACCGAAGGUCAAUUGGUCGGCAGAGGAACAGUCCUCGUGGUAUGACGCUGCGCGCCAUUACAACGAGAUCCUACAGAGUAAGGAGAUAUGGACGAAGCUUGAACCCGGAUCGGCGCUCAUCUUUGAUAAUUGGAGAAUGUUGCAUGGUCGCUCUCAAUUCACUGGGAAGAGGCGAAUGUGCGGCGGCUACGUCAACAACGAUGACUACAUCUCUCGACUUCGUCUACUCAAGUGUGGCCGAGAGAAUGUGUUGAACAACUUGGGCAACAUCCGAGAUGAUGACCAAAACCCGUAUCAUUAUUUCUAG